AUGCCCUCUCCUCCCGCCGUUGCUCCCCGUUGGCAACGCCAGAGGAACCAUCCAACUGAAGUGGACUCUGAAGCUGACAGCGAGGGAGACUCAUAUUUCCCCUCUGACGCAUCUGACUCUGCUGUCUGCCGGUCAGCCGGUCCAGCUUCACCCCUAUUACACGCUCUGCCGGCGCCGCCGUCUCGUCGUCGUAGACGUCAAGACAUCACCCUUCCAGUCCCCGUUCCCAACCUGACAAAGAAGUCCCGCGGACGCAAAGUCCCAAUCUCCUCAGGGGAACCAGUCUAUGCGCGCAGCAAAGACAAGUCGAAGAAGGGCACCAGGACGUAUACCUGCCACGUCGAUGGCUGCAGCAAGUGUUUUGUCAGGAGCGAGCACCUUAAAAGGCACAUCCGGUCCAUUCACACGAACGAUAAACCGUGGGUGUGCCCGAUUGGGGGUUGCGAAAGGGAGUUCAGCCGCCGAGACAAUCUGAACCAGCACAUGCGUAUUCAUAAGAGUCCUUAA